AUGCGUCUUCUCUGCUCCACUCUCUGUGUGCACGCCCUCCUCCCCUCGCUGCUGCCACUGCACGCACCUGCCCUGCUGGAAGCGAGUGUGUUGGCGCACCAAGCACUGCUGUCUGCCGCUACCUGCCACCACCACCACAUGCGCCGCGCAGUAGCCUCACCUCUGCCUCUCUUCCUCCCCCCCAUGCCUUCUUCUCCCCACCCCUCCACCAUUGCUCACUCCCACCUCCUCCUCUCCCUGCCCUUCGCGCCUCUGCUCUCCCUGUGCGUGCGCGCCCUGCUCUCGCCCCUCAAGCUCCACCACCGCUUUGCCUCCUACCUUGCUGCGCUGCUGCUGGCUCGCCUGCGCCUGCCGUCACCCCCCGUGCUGCCGGGGGGGGGCGCAGGGGCAAGCCACGGACGCCCAGGCGAGGGAAGGCAGUGGGGGGAGAGGAGGGGGGAGGUGGGGAGGGCUGUUGUGUUUGAACUGGGGCGAGUGCUUGGCGUGGGUACGGUGGGGGGCGAGCAGGUGGUGGGGGCGGAGUGGAGGCGGCGGCAGCGCUGUGUGCGCGUGUGCAUGGCGGCACUGGAGGCCACCCUCAUGCCGCCACCGCUGCCCUCGCCCUCCCACUCCAUGCACGCUGCCAGCGCGUGGAGUGGCGGACGGGACGAGCAGGGGCAGCAGGGCGGCGAGGAGGAUGAGAGAGCGUGUGAGUUCAUGGCGCAGGCAGCUGAUAUCAUGUCGCACCCUCUGCUCCUCGCAGCAUUCACAGGCCACAUAGAUGACGCCUGCCAGCCAUUCCUGUGCGCCGCCCACCACUCCCUUGCCGCCUCCCUCGCGCCCUUCCUCCCUCCCCACUCCCCGUCCCCCCCUGCCUGCCCCACGCCUGUGCGCCCUGCCUCGCAUGCGGUGGUGCUGGUAACGCCAGGGGGGAGCGGCGAGGGCAGGGUGGGCAGCAGAGCGCAGGAGCAGAGCGGGCUGUGGCAGCAGGUGGCAGGAGGGGCGCUGGGCGACUGGCACUUCGACUUCAGCACCAGCUGUGUCACGUGGAGGGGGGAGGGAGACGGCGGGGGAGGAGGGGAAGGGGCUGGAAAGGAGGAUGUGCAAAAGGAGGCGGCGCAAGGGGUGGCAGUGCCAGUGAGCGUGGUGGUGGCGUUGUGGCUCUCUCGUUUCAUUGCCCUGCCGUGCCACUCCUCCCCAUCUCCCCUUGUGCAGCCCACCCGUCCAUGUGCCUUUGCUAUUCAGCCCGCUCUUGCCCCUUGCUGUGCGCACGUCGUGCAUGUCCCCUCCUCGCCCUGCCUUGCCAGCCUGGCAGCAUGGGCGGCAUGGAUGGCAGCAGUGGUGCAGGGCAUGGCACACGGGCGGAUGGCGGAUGGGAGCAUGGUGAAUGGGGGUGGGGCAGCAGGGGAUGGUGAGAGGGAGAAUGUGAGGGGAGCAUGUGAGCACAUGGCGUUGACAGUCGCAUGUGUCACAUUCAAACGCGCCAAGGCAGCUGUGGGCGACGGGCAUGGUGGGUUGCCGUGGGUGGCCCCACAGCCACUGCUGCAGGCACUGCAGCGCAGCAUGGCACGUGGAAGGGCGAACGUGUGUGUGCGUGGGGCGCUCACAGCGCUGGUGGAGGCGACCCUGCACGCGCUGCUCACACAGGCCACACGCCUGGCAGAGCACACAGCUAUCGUGGCACUGGAAGCUGCGGUGCACCUGCCUUGGCUGCACAUCUGGCCAAGCCCUGUGGUGUGCCAGGCACCGUGCUCGCACGUGCACGUGGUGCCCGUGUGCCCCGCUGCCCUUGAGCGCCGCGUCAUUCACGCGUGCGUGCAGCACCCCUCGUGGCGCCGUGGCAACCUGCUCUCGCUGCUCCUCGCUGCUCACUCGCACUCUGAGGGGCGCACAGGGAACAGCAGGGUGGCGGGCGAGGUGGUGCACGCUGUGGCUCAGUGGAUGGGUGGCGAGGAGAGGCAGCGGUUGGGCACACGCACGGCGAGGGGUGCGGGGCCCAGGGCGGAUGCAGGAGGUGGUGAGGGGCAUGCGUGGUGGCAGGAUGGGGACGGGUGGAUACGCAUGGUCAUGCUGCUGCCUGCAGUGGCUGUUGCUGUGGGCGGGCAGUGCAAGGAGGGCGAGGGUGGAGGCCCAGCAGGUACGAGUGUGGUGGCGUGCACGUACAGAGACAUGCUCCUCGCCCUGCUCCCUCCCUGCACCCCGCCCCAUACCGCCCCAAUCACCCCUCCCUGCCACCUUCCCCUCUGCCACCUUCCUCCUCACAUCCUGCCCACCUUGCUCUCGUAUGUUCCCGCUCUUCUCCACUCGCUGCUGCUCGCUCAUCCCCUCCCCCACGCUCGCCUCGCCUCGCUCGUCCACGUGCUGGUGCCACACGAGGAGCAAGAGGGCAGUAUGCAGGGGGGAGGCAAGGGCGCACGUGGGAAAGGGAGGGGCAGUGGGAAGGGCAGGGGGGAGGCGGAGGAGGGUAGAGGGGGGGUGGUUGGAGGUGGGGGGUGGCGUGUGCAGGGGGGCUGUGUGGUGGCUCACACGCUCCUGCAGUUGGCACUGGCAUCCCGGCUGGCCUGCACUGGCCGCGUGCCCUCGCCACCCUGCAGCACUGGUAGCACUGGUAGCACUGGUAGUGCUGGCAGUGCUGGCGCUGGCAGCUGCGGUGGGGGGAGCGAGGACAUGAGAAGGGUUUGGGGAACACCUGCUGCACAGAUGAGGCUUCUGGCUGCCCUUGUGAAUCUUCUUGGAAGCAUCUUCCCUCUCGCACCAGAGGCACAAGUGACUGUGGUGACGGGCAGUGGUGGGGGCAGUGGGUGGGGGCAAAGAGAGCGUGUGGGGCAAAGAGAGCGUGUGGGGCAAAGAGAGCGUGUGGGGCAAAGAGAGCGUGUGGGGCAAAGAGAGCGUGUGGGGAGGGAAGGUAAGAGGGCAGUGGGUGGUGGCAGGGUGAUAAUGGCAGCGAGAGAGCUUCAGCAGUUGGCUGCUGUGCAGCUGGCUCGUGUGGCCACGCUCCUGGCACAUACACUCACUGCUGCUCCACCUGCCAUGCCGCCACGCCCGCCACCAUCUCCCACCACCCCACACGUCCCUCUGCCUCUGCUACAGCACGGGCUGGCGUCGCUGCGCGUUGCAGCCGUGGCGUGCCUCAAGCACCGCUUCGCCCACCCUCUCGCCUUCCACUCCCUCACCCUCGCCUGCCGUGCCCUGCUCGCCGCCGCCACUGCCCCCUCCGCACACCCACCGAAGCAUUCCGUGCCAGCAGCAGCACCGCUGCCGUCACAAUGGGCGUCACAAGGCGCGGCAGCAGCUGUGUCCAGCGUGGGGUGCGCCCUCUUGGACCUCCUCCUCGCACACUCUCGCACUCUGCCUCUCCUCCUCUCCCCCUCCGCUGGCCCCUCCGCCGCCCCCCUGCCUGCAGCGCUGGCCCACCAACUGCACAAGGACAGCAGCAGAGCCGUCUCCCUCCCUUCGCCCCUCUCCCUCAUCCCCUCUCCCCUCCUCCCCGAUCUCCCCCUCAUUGCCGCAUCCUGCCCGCCCUCAUCUCCUCGCUGUCCUCCCGGGGCAGCGUGGCAGGUGCAAGAGGGGCAGCGAGAUGCAGACAGGGAGGAGUUGGGGGAGGAAGCAGAGAUAGGGCCAGGCGUUGAGGCGAAGGUGCGGGCCAGUGAGCUCCUGCAGUCGUGCCUUCACUCCACCAUGCUGUGGCCGCUCGCACUGCCAUGCGAGGCACGAAGCCAUGCAGCAAGGGAGGGAAGAGAGGGUGGAGAGGAGGAGAGGCCUGAUGGGGAGGCAGGAAAGCAAAAGAAGAGGACGAGGAGGGAAAGAGGAUCAGAGGGGGAUGGCGAGGGCGAGUGUGCAGGUGAGGGUGCAGCACGGUUGGAAUUGCUGCGCCUCAUGACUGCCUUCCUGCGAAUGAGGCUGUGCCACGUGUCUGGUUGUGUGUGCUCCUCGGCGACUCGGCGUGCUCUACAGACGCUCUUUGCGCUGCUGCUCGCCCUCUACGGCGCCACCCUCAGCCCCACCGACCGCGCCCUGCUCGCCCUCAUGCACCUCCUCACACGCCUUGCAGGCCACCACAAGCCACGUGCUGCGGCCCGCAUCGAGGGGGGGGACCAUCAAGCUGCGCAGGCAGCAGGGGGUGCUGAUGGGGUGAGCGCGGUGGUUGCAGAGGAGUUCCGGGGUUUUGAGUGGUUUGACUAUCUUUGGGGCCAGGGGGCCGCAUCACGCUGGGAGUGGCAGCAGGGGAGGGGACGAGCACCAGCUCAGGCAGGGGGCGAGGGCCAGGCAGAAGGUGCAGCGCAAGAUGGCAGGGAGAUGGGGGUAGCGGGGGGGAAGGAGGUGGGUGGGAAUGGUGAUGGUGUGUUUGAGGGCCGCGAGCAGCGGCAGUGGCGGUUCUGGUGGGAGGAGGCGGCGGUGGACGCCACGCGCUGUGGGCUGCUCGUGCUCGCCUUCCCUGCUCUCCGCCACGCACACUCGGGGGGCGAUGAGGGAGGGGGAGUGGAGGACGUGGAGCAAGAGGGUGAGGGGGUGAGUGAAUGGAUGGGGCAGGGGGGCACGCGCAUGUGCAUGUGCAGUGCGAGCUGCAGGGGAGGUGGGGGCGACCCUUGUGUGUGGCAGCAGGCUGGGCAGGGCCACCCUCUCCCCGGGUCAGCAGCAGCUCAGGACGUGGCGGUGCAGCAGGCAGCCUACGACCCCGCCUUCGUGCUCCCCUUCACCCUGCACGCCCUCUCCCGCCGCCUCCUCUCCCCCCGCAUGGCUGCCCGCUGCGGGCUCAUGGCGGCUGCCAUUGCCAGCCUGGCGUCGGCGCAGCACAGCAUGCGGCGCCUGGGCUACGCCACCCUCGCACUCUUCGCCGCUCUGCUCGAGGAGCAGGAGGAGGGGUGGAGGGAGCAGCAUGCCGUGCAGCACGUGGUGCGCUGUGUGCGGGCCACCGUCACCACCACGUGGCAGCGCCUGCCGCGCCUCUCCGUGCUCUUCAUGGCGGAAAUGCUCCAAGUCAUGCACCUGGGGGGGGGCUCCCCUCUCUUUCCUCUCCUCUCCCAAUUGCUUCUCUCCCAACCAUCCCUCAACCUCACGACCGUGCCAUUGCUGCUGCCGUGCCUCAUGAGCGGCUCUCCCCACCACCGCGCCCAGCGCAUGUGGCUGCUGCACCUCCUGGCCGCCCUCGCCCUCCCACCCUUCCAUGCCUCCCCUACAGCCCCCGCCCCUUUGUUACUUCCCCUUGCCCCACAGCCCUUGGUUGUGGGAGGGGAAGGGCAAGAGAUGGGUGGUGGCAGGGGGGACAGGGACAAGGGCGGCGAUGGGGAUGGGGGCAGUGGCAACGCAGAGGAAGGGCACGAGGCUGGCAGUUUUGAAGGGGAUGCUGUUCUGCGCCGCCGCUUUGUUGUGGAGCUUCUGGGAAGUUUCUUCGCGUGUGGGGUGAGCGAUGUGUUCACCUGCAAGCUGAUUCUGCAGGUGCUGCGGCGCGUGUGCUGCCUGCCGUCGUAUGCGGGCCACCUGGUGCGGCAAGGCGGGCUGCUGCUGUGGCUCACAGCCGUUGUGCACGCUGCGUCGCACAGCCUCCACCGUGCCCACGCCCACACCGCCCACCUCGCUCUCCUGCUGCCUACCACUCCACGCGCACUGCAGCUCGCUGGAUCCCCUGCAGCCACAGCAGGAGCAGCUGCUGCAGGGCGGGCAGAGGGCAGGCAGCCAGAAGUUGAUGUUCUAGCGCUCGCGGUGGAGGUGCUGCAUGGGCUGCUCUCAUGCCCUCCCGUGCAUGCAGCACUGCUCUCACAUGCCACCUCAACUUCCCAUCACUUCCUCCUCCUCACCUGUGCAUUGGAACGUGCGUUACACAGAGUGUCUCAUAGCAAACAGCCCCUCUCGCCCUCUUCCCUUGGGCUCGCAAGGCUCACCCAUGCUGCCUUGGUGCAGCUGAUUGCGGUGUUGCCAGAAGUCAGAAAGCACUUAGGAAAAUAG